GAGGAGGCCGGCGCAGCGCAGCCGGCACAGACACCAGGCUCCGGGCUCGGGCUCGGGUCGAGCGCGCCCGACGGCCUGCGCCCGGACUGAUCCCGGGAAGGGAACGGCGCAGCGCCGGGCCGCCGGACGGGUGGGCACCGAGCCGGCUGCUGCAAGGGCUCGGGGCUGCACGACCCCCACUCCCUGGGAAGGGGCUCCCCCUCAACACCCUCCCUGCUCCCGGCCCCCUGCACGCCCUUCACUCAGCGGUGCACACCGCCCAGAGCACGCACACCCUCUCCGCAGACACACAACGUGGCAGGCUCACAAUCAGGCCCAGUGGGACCCACAGACCCAGGCUCAGCACACUCCCAGGGGCAGCCCUGGACACACGCACACACACACUCCUUCUUCAGAAAUGCGCAAGGACCCCCAAGAGGCCGGGGUGGGCAGGCCCUAGCCCUACAGAGCAGGUACAGGUAUAUGACUACCGGCUCAGAUGAAGGGGCAGCUUGCUAUUUUGUCCCCAUGGGCAGAAAUAUCCACAUCUAUCUACUCUUGCAUAAAUGCAGAGGCCUUGGCAUGGGUCUCCUGGGCCAGCACCCACACCACCAGGUGGAAGAGCACGCAGAAGAAACGCGUUCCUGAAACUCCAGAGGGACCGUCCAGAGACGCCUGCCUGGUGUCCAAACUCAAGCCCAGGAGACAGAGGAGCGGGCCCUCACAGGUCCUCACGAAACCUUUCUGAAACAGGGCGAGACAUAAAUAAACAAAUUAAAACCCAAAGAUGUCUCAUCACAGCCGGUAGUCAAAAAGAGGAAAAAGAGAGUCAGAUAAACUUUGGAGUCACAGAGACAAAGCUACAAAGCAAGCAGAGUGGGAGAUAAUGAGAAAAUGGGCCCACCCCCACCUCAGGAAGGUUCCAGGGAAGAACCCCCCCCCCCCACCCCACCCCAACCAGGUCACAAUGGCUGGAGCUCUGAAGGGCCCAGGCCCCCCGAGCCAGGAGAAGAGGAAGAGUCCAAGGAAAGAUGGAUCCCAGGAACAACUUACCCAGAGAAACACGAUGCUCCAGGACCGCUCACUCCCUGCUUCCUGCUUUAGAGGUUCAAGGUCCACACUGUACCACCUCAUCCAUCUUUCAGGCCCUUUCUAGCUCCCAAGAGUUCCUCAGCAAGACAGCCUGCCCCUCUACCGUCCCACAGAGUCCCAGAAGCCAGCCUGGCACUCGCCCUGCCCCGGGUCCCCUGAGCUAUGGCUGCCCUAAUGCCUGAGCUCCUUUCUCCCUAACAGGCUGGCAGUCACCCCUACUUCAACCUGCCCGACUUCACCCAGCAGCCACCAUCGCCCUCCACUCCGCCCAGCCUCCCCUCGCACCAGCGCUGCCGGCCCUCCGAUGCCACCAAAGGCCUGCUCGUGGCCCUGCUGGGUGGGGGCCUACCCGCUGGCUUCGUGGGCCCCUUCUCCCGUAUGGCUUAUCAGGCUUCCCACCUACCCUCGCUGGAGCUGCUCAUCUGUCGAUGCCUCUUCCACCUCCCCAUUGCCCUGCUACUUAAACUGCGUGGUGACCCACUGUUGGGACCUCCCGAUGUCCGGGGCCGGGCCUGCCUCCACGCCCUACUCAACGUCCUCAGCAUCGGAUGCGCCUACAGUGCAGUGCAGGUGGUGCCCGCUGGCAAUGCUGCCACUGUCCGCAAAGGUUCUUCCACGGUCUGCUCUGCUCUCCUCGCUCUCUGCCUUGAGAGCCAGCGUCUCAGCGGCUACGACUGGUGUGGCUUGUUGGGCAGCACCCUGGGACUCAUCAUCAUUGUGGGACCUGGACUAGGGACACUGCAGGAGGGGACCACGGGCCUCUACACCGCCCUGGGCUAUGUGCUUGCUUUCCUGGGCGGCCUGGCACUGUCGCUGGGGCUCCUGGUGUAUCGCUCCCUGGACUUCCCCUCCUGCCUACCGACAGUGGCCUUCCUGUUUGGCCUGGUGGGGCUGGUGGGCUCUGUGCCAGGCCUCUUUGUGCUGCAGACCCCCGUGCUGCCCAACGAUCCUCUGAGUUGGAGCUGCGUGGGAGCAGUGGGGAUCCUUGCCCUGGUCUCCUUUGUGUGUGUGAGUUAUGCGGUCACCAAGGCCCAUCCCGCCCUGGUGUGCGCCGUCCUGCAUUCUGAGGUGGUGGUGGCCCUGAUGCUGCAGUAUUACGUGCUCUAUGAGACCGUGGCACCUUCGGACAUCAUGGGGGCAGGGGUCGUGUUGGGCAGCAUUGCCAUCAUCACUGCCCAGAACCUCAGCUGUGAGAGGGAAGGGCAAGUGGAGGAGUGAGAUCGAACCUGAGAGCCUGGGGGUGGGGGGUGGGCGGGGGGUAAAUAUAAGGAAAGACUGGAAUACAAACAUGUGAAAGAACUGGUGUGGGAGAAGGACACCCCUUGGAGUCAAGGGUGACCCGGGGACUUGGUAGGAGGUAGGAAGGGACUACCUAGAAAACCUGGAACCAGCCUGGAGAUCAACAUAUUUGGAAUCUAGGCUGGGGCUUGGGAUCAGGGCAGAACUAAAGGGUGACAUCCGAGGAGCAGAUCGAAGGGGCUGAAGCAGGUAGGCCAUGAGCCACUGGGAGGAUUUUUCCCUCGGCAGCAGAGAGAGAAGAGCACUGGGGCUGGAGUGAUUGGGGCUUUCAGGCAGAUCAAGCAGCUGUGCUGGCGGAAGGGAGUGUGCCUUUUUUUUCCCCUCUGAGCGUUGGUUUCCCUUCCUCGUGGUUAUGCUCCCCCCCUCCCACCUUGGUGUGGUGACGUGAUAUUGACAUCAAACAAGGAUCACUCUGAA